GAGGUCCUGAUUUUGGCAUUCUUUGCUGCCCUCUAGAGGUCAUCCGCAAUUUGCAGCCAAAAUCUGGCAACUCCCACUGAAUAUCCGCCGGAGCCCGCUUAAAAGAUGGCCGCCUUGGCCUCCCAGAAUCAGAAGCGCCUGCGCUGAACAUUAAAACGCACGUUGGCUGCUCCAACUCCCCGUAGCUCAAUCAGCUGGCCACGGUUUUUUUCGCUUCUUCUUCCAAGAUGGUGGCUCCCAGGUUACUCGGCAACCAGAGGCUUUGGGACAGUUCGGCGACCUUCUUCCUCCUGCAGCUCCUUCUCUCGGCCGUCGGGGCAAAGCAGGAGCCCAUCACGGCCGACUUCAAUGUCAGGCCCGGCGGGAUGGUUCACUCGUAUUCGCAAAACCUGGGAGACGUUACCUGCAGUUUUACCUACGCAGCUCAGGGCGGGACGAACGAGCAAUGGGAAAUGAUUAUUGCGGUCAACGAAGACAAGAAGCUCUUUUCCUGUUCAAUCUGGCGGCCCCAAGGAAAAUCCUACCUUUUCUUCACCCAGUUUAAAGCUGAGAUGAAAGGAGCAAAGAUCCAGUACGCCAUGGCUUACUCCUCGGGUAGCGUCGGAGGACAGAACGACGUCCCCUUAAAAGAGGAGGAAUUCUUGGUCACGGAACAGGCAG